AAAAAAACAUAGGCCAAACUUAAAUUCAUGGAGCGAAUCGGCCUCAUAAUUUACUAAUUAAUUAGAACCAUAAGGUUGGUCAUGCAGCCAAGCUAGAAUCAUCCAUCCGACCAAUUGCAUAGAUAAUUACCGUAAUUCGUGGCUUUUCCUGGUUCUACUGUUCCACAUGUGAAGGAACAACCCAUUUGGAUGGGUCCUUUUUCGGCCUGCAAUUUAAUUGUAAAUAAUUUAUACUUUAUCCGAUGGCCACAAAGGAUAUCAGAACUGGAUGGUAUCACGUUCUCCUUACAGGAGUGCUUUGUACGAAAGAAGAGAGAGAGCAUUUUGGCACAAAAGGCGAGAGUGCUCACCUGUGACAGUGCUAAGCACGGGACAAACAUUUUGGGUAGCCCAUCUGUUGGCUUAUUCGAUUUGCCUUUUAUUUUAUUCACAAGAACAGUGCCUUCCAACUAACUGAUUUUCCCCUGUUUCAGGAUUUCAAUCCAGACAGUAAUGGGGAAAACAAAAGCAGCAGCCAUCGUAGCUUGGGUUCUGUGUAUAUUUCUCUUCUCUUGGAUACCGACUUCCUGGACUUCAGAGGUUUAUAUUGUUUAUAUGGGUAGUAAAGUGCAUGAGGAUCCAGACAUAACCUCAGCCUACAAUCAUCAGCUUCUUGCUAGUGCUUAUGAUGGAAGCAUGGAGAAAGCCAAAUCCUCAAUGGUUUACAGCUACAAACAUGGAUUUAGAGGCUUUGCAGCUCACCUGUCGAAGGCCCAGGCAGUGGAUUUGGCCAAGAUGCCUGGAGUUGUUUCUGCAUUUCCCAACAAGAAAAGAAAGCUCCAUACAACACACUCAUGGGAAUUUCUGGGCAUGCCAAAUGAUAAUUCAUUGGAAGACCCAAAUGACUCUACUAGACCUCAAGAGGAUGUCAUCAUCGGCAUCAUUGAUACAGGUGUAUGGCCCGAGUCUCCAAGCUUUAGUGAUGAUUUGAUGAGUCCUGUCCCUUCUCGUUGGAAGGGAGAAUGCCAAAGUGGGGAACUAUUUCCUUCAUCGACAUGUAACAGGAAACUGAUUGGUGCCAGGUAUUAUUCGAAUGGAUUGGAGGCUGAGAAAGGAGGAACAUUGCACACGGCAAGUUUAAAGGAUUUCAUAGAGUACAGAUCAGCAAGAGACACUAUGGGACAUGGAAGCCAUACUGCUUCUACCGCAGCUGGAAGAUAUGUGAGUAAUAUGAACUAUAAUGGUUUAGCAGCAGGAGGUGCACGAGGCGGUGCACCUUUGGCUAGAAUUGCAGUAUACAAAACUUGCUGGCAGUCAGGAUGUUAUGAUUCUGACAUAUUAGCUGCAUUUGAUGAUGCAAUCAAAGAUGGAGUAGACAUUUUAUCUUUGUCAUUGGGCCCUGAUGUUCCUGAAAAUGACUAUAUGAGCGAUGCAAUUGCAGUGGGAUCAUUUCAUGCAACACAAAAUGGAAUUACAGUGGUUUGCUCAGUAGGGAAUGAUGGAACUCCUGCCUCUGCAACAAAUCUUGCUCCAUGGGUUAUCACUGUGGCUGCAAGCACCACUGAUAGGAACUUCAUUUCUACAAUCAUAUUAAGUGGGUCAAAUGUUAUAUACAGUGGUGAAAGCCUUAAUUCCGCACAGAUUAAUAAUUCAGCAAGGCUUUUAUAUGCAGCAGAUGCACCUGCAAAAUACUUUACACCAUUCCAAUCAAGUUUCUGUCUGAACAGCUCCUUAAACAAGUCUAAAGUGGCAGGAAAGAUACUAGUUUGCUUGCAUCCUGAGGGUUCUUCAGAAACAAGGAUAUCAAAAAGUCAAACAGUACAAGCAUCAGGAGGAGUGGGAAUGAUACUGAUUGAUGAAAUUGGAGAGAACCUUGCUAUUCCUUUUGUCAUCCCUAGUGCAAUUGUUGGCGACAAAAUCGGUGCUGCUAUUCUCAAUUAUAUCAACUCUACCAGGUUUCCCCAGGCUUAUAUCUCCCCUGCACAGACCAUCAUGGGUUACAGACCAGCACCUCAAGUUGCAGCAUUCUCCUCAAAAGGUCCAAAUACUUUAACACCAGAUAUCUUGAAGCCUGAUAUUACAGCUCCAGGAUUGAAUAUACUAGCUGCAUGGACACAAGUAAAUAAAGACAUUGAUUUCAAUAUUGUCUCUGGCACUUCCAUGGCAUGCCCCCAUGUGACAGGAAUGGCUGCCUUGAUCAAAGCUGCACAGCCAUCUUGGACACCUUCAGCUAUAAAAUCUGCUCUCAUGACUACAGCUACUGUAUUGGAUAAAGAAAACAACAUCAUAACAGCUGCUUCAGAAGGGAAGACUGCAAAUCCAUUCGAUUUUGGGGCAGGAAUUAUAAGCCCUAUGGAAGUAACAAAUCCAGGGCUUGUGUAUGAUGCAGGACCUAUAGACUAUAAGAAUUUUCUUUGUGCAAUCGGAUAUGAUGAUGCUUCUCUUAGGUUAGUCACAGGAGAUCAGAGUGUAUGCACUAGGUUCCCACCAUCUGCUUCCAAUCUGAAUUAUCCUUCUAUAACAAUCUCUAAAUUCAAUGGUAGUAGCUCAGUUGUCAGAACAGUAACGAAUGUAGGCAGCCCAAGAAGUAUCUAUAGGGCGAGAGUUUCUCCACCUAGAGGAAUAAUUGUGAAAGUUGUUCCAAAUGUUCUUGUAUUCAACUCCUAUGGUCAGAACAAAACUUUCACAGUGUACUUGAAGGGUAAGGUUACUGCUCAAACAUACUUUAAGGGCACUACCCAAACUAAGGGAUAUGCAUUUGGAUCCCUGUUUUGGGUGAAUGGGAAACAAAUAGUAAGAAGCCCUCUUGUAGUGGGUUCCUUCUCUUACUAGGUCUUGUACAGGAUGCAAUAAAGAUACUUCCUGUUUAUCUUAAAGUGCCAUGGUACAUUGAAAGAAUUGACUAACAAGGAAGGGAAAAGGAUUCCCAUAAGCUACCUUUGUGUCACCAUAUAUACUAACCAGUGGGUUUUGAAUGAGCAUUUCAUAGGACAAGUUUCUGAAGGUCUUUCCAUUUUGAAAAUUUCAUUUUUCAGAUUGCAAUGUAUUUGUGAAUGUAAUAUGAAGCAGAAUAAGGUGUUCCAGUAUCAAUGAGAAUGUUGAAAUGCUGGCAGAAUUCUUGAACACCAUUGCAAGUAGAUACAGUUCUUAAUAAUCUUAAAAAAUCUGAUGGGCGUACCGCAUUGGCAUGUGGGGCCCUGAAACAUCUUUGUAUAUUCAAGCCUUUCAAUAUCCUGAUGAGGACUUCCAAAAAUUAGCAGAUCACACUUCCAAAGCAAUUGGACCACUCGAAGAAGAUAGAUUUUACUCAUUGUGAAGGAGUCAAGAACUAUUGGCAUGGUGUACUUGUAAGCUUAAUUAAUAGCUGGGAGGAAUGGAUAAUAUGUUCUCUAAUAUUUCUAUUAUAGUAUGACUUGUGUUUUGUUUAUUUGAUUUUGUAUAAUUUAUAAUAAAUUUUUAUA